CUUGCUAUAUAAACGCUCGCGCGCCUUCCUACCGUACAGUAAACGACGAGAGCUUCUGUAGACGAAACUUGAUCUGUAGUUCUGAGUGGAUUCACGCCUUUACAGGAGAUACUUUUUUUUGCACUUCUCUGAUUUGGAUUCAACACCGGAUUAUACUAAACCAUGCCUGUGUCCAGAAUGCGCAUGCGCCCCUGGCUGGAGAGCCGGAUCGACUCCAACACCAUCGCUGGACUCGUGUGGGUCAACAAGGAGGAGAAAAUGUUCUCCAUCCCAUGGAAACACGCCGCUCGUCACGGCUGGGAGGUGGACAAAGACGCGUGUCUGUUCAAGCAGUGGGCGAUCCACACAGGUAAAUUCAGGGAGGGAUUUACCACACCUGACCCCAAAACCUGGAAAGCCAAUUUCCGCUGUGCCAUGAACUCGCUGCCGGACAUCGAAGAGGUGAAGGACAAGAGCAUCAACAAAGGCUGCGGCGCGGUGCGAGUCUACCGCAUGCUGCCCGCCGUGAGCAAGAAGAAAGACAAGAGACCCCGGGGUCGUGACAGCCGGAGACGGGCGAAGGCUCUGCCUUCACACGUCAAGAAGGAGGAAGCGCGCGCUGACGAGAUGCAGGAGCCCACCAUCGACAGCACCAUCCUGACAGACUCUCCCAGUCCCGCCAUGGACACCUCAGAUAUUCCCGCCUGCGAGGAAGUCGUCGGCCCGGACAGUUCGAGCGGCCUUUACACCAGCCGGUUCCAGGUGUCGCCGAUGCAUUCGACAGACUUGGAGGAUUACGAAGCUAUCAUUGAGAUCUCACGGCAAUUGGAACGUGAUAGUUCACAGUGGCUACAAAGCGGUGCCUUUGCAAAGGGGUUCCUGGCCAAUGAAGUAGGCACAUCAGAGUCUUUGAGUCCAGGGAGCCAGUGGAGUGUAAGUUCAGGAGACGAGCUCGAGUUACGGCUAUACACCGAACUGAACCCGGAGGAGUCUCUCUGCACCUACACAGAGCUGGUGAACAGCAGCACCUUCACACCGACCAUAUGUCCUCUCUGAGAGCAUCAGACUCUGUCUCACGGACAUCUUUUUCUCAUGGACAAUGAACUUCAAUCCACAGACUCAACCUCAUACCUCAGUCUCAUUCGGCAGGGAUCAUCCCAGCCGUUUGCUCAUUCUUCUGGAUAUCUGCUGUGUUCCUCUGAACGCGAUCCGUCAUGCGGGAAACAGACGAGCUCCGCCAACACGAGGAUCUCCUGCAGCUGAACCCAGUGACGGAUUGUGGCUUUGCUUGUACAGCUUUGUAACCUCAUGUAAUGUGAAUUGCUCAAGUUCCGUUAUGUGCUCAUGUCAGGGUUUAUCAGAUAGAUUUAAAUAUACACACACACACACAUAUUCCACAUAACAAAUGAAGCUGUUUGUAUGAGUAUGGGAUGGGGUUCUUCACUGUACAUAUUAUGUAAAUAUUUAUUUGUAAUAAAAAACAAAAUGAAUUUA